AAGCUUGUAUCUUUGGGUUUGUCAUAUAUUAGACUACUAUAGUCAUUUACUGUAAUUUAUAUAUUUACUUUAUACAAGAUACAUUUACUGUAAUUCACGUCUAUUAUGUUCCACUCAUCCACCACUCCAUCGCUUAGACAGUACCAGAUUGUUUUGAUAGUUACCGAUUUAUAAUUACAGUUUGAGAUCUGGUGCAGCUAGACACUCCAGUAUCUUUGCCAAGAAAACCCCAUGGACAGCAUGCUAUGGUCCACAGAGUCAGGAAGAGUCAACAGGGCUGAACAACACAUGGAUAUUAAUAUUGACAAUGUAAUAUAUUAUAUUUAAGUUUUGUUCCCUAAAUGAGGAGAUAAGGAGGGUAGUCAGUUCAUAUGAUAGGAUAGUAGUGAUGAAAGGUAACUCCUCUUUCUAGUUCCCUUUAUUUUAUAACUGAGACCCAAGAAAGUUGUAAUAUCUAUUAUAAAGUUGUUUGGUGUCAGACCCAAGACAAAAAUCCCAGAUCUCCUGACUCCCAGUCCAAUGCUCCUUUCUCCCCUACCAAACUGUUGUACUAUAAACUGAAGUGAGCCCAAAGCUAAGAUUGUUUUAAAGAGAUUAUGCUGAAGAAACUGAGCGCACAGUACUUCCUUGGUUGGUCUCUUCCUUCUUCUCCCCUGACAAAUGCUUGUUCCCUGCGCUCAUUGAAGUAACUUCAUUAAGGCUCAAAAAUCUCUUCCCAAAAGGCAGCAAGAGCGCCUGCCCUUGCAGGUUGCAGGUGGAGAGAGAUGAAGGCCAAGUGUCCCAGGGUCUGUCAGGAAGCAGGCACUGGUGGAGCGCGAUGAGGGCAGUAGAAGGAGGCGGAGACUGUAGGGUCGGGUUAGGAGAGCCUCGGGCUGGUCUCCACCAGCGGUCGUAGUGCCUGAGACCCGCGCAGUGAAGGGCUCCCAGAGCAUCUGUCCUCGCCAGUCAUUCCAUCCCACUCUCCUAACUCUUUUUACGAGAAGAGAAGAGAAGGAAGGAACCUUCCCUCGUGGAUAAGGAAGGGGCCCUAGCCAGAAUGCGCUAAAGUCCCCCAACCAGCCCCGCUUGCCCUCAGCGGUCAUGGGUGGCCCCUGGAACAGCAGCGACAGCGACAGCACCGAUGGCGGAGCCCCGGAGACCCGGCAGUGGUCCCUGCCGCGUUGCGACGAGAGCCGCUGCUCCCCCUUCCCCUUGGGCGCUCUGGUGCCCGUGACAGCCGUGUGCCUGGGCUUGUUUGCCGUCGGGGUGAGCGGCAACGUGGUGACUGUGCUGCUCAUCCGGCGCUACCGGGACAUGCGGACCACCACCAACCUGUACCUGGGUAGCAUGGCCGUGUCCGACCUGCUCAUCCUGCUCGGCCUCCCCUUCGACCUGUACCGCCUGUGGCGCUCCCGACCCUGGGUCUUCGGGCAGCUGCUCUGCCGCCUCUCGCUCUACCUGGGCGAGGGCUGCACCUACGCCAGCCUGCUGCACAUCACGGCGCUGAGCGUGGAGCGCUACCUGGCCAUCUGCUACCCACUGCGCGCCCGCGUCCUCAUCACCCGCCGCCGCGUGCGGGCGCUCAUUGCUGCGCUCUGGGUCGUAGCGCUGCUCUCCGCUGGCCCCUUCUUCUUUCUAGUGGGCGUCGAGCAGGACCCGGCCCCCGACGAAGCGAAGGACAGGACGCUGGCCGCCAAUGGCACCUGGCCGGCCGCCCCUCUCUUCUUGCCCUCCGAGACCAGCCAGCUGAUUGCCCAGGCCUCCUCUGGGACGCCCGCCCAGGCCGCUCCAUCGGGGAGCGCGGCGGCGGCGGCAGCAGCGAUGUUCAGUCGGGAGUGCCGGCCAAGCCGGGAGCAUCUGGGCGCCCUGCGCGUCAUGCUGUGGGUCACCACCGCCUACUUCUUCGUGCCCAUGCUGUGCCUUACUGUCCUCUACGGACUGAUCGGCCGGGCGCUGUGGAGGAGUGGGGCUCCGCUGCGGGGGCCAGCAGCCUCCGGCCGGGAGAAAGACCAUCGGCAGACCGUGCGGGUCCUCGUGGUGGUGGUUCUGGCCUUUAUAGUUUGCUGGUUGCCCUUUCAUGUUGGCAGGAUCAUUUAUAUCAACACCGAAGAUUCCAGGACAAUGCACUUCUCCCAGUACUUCAAUAUUGUGGCUCUGCAGCUUUUCUACCUGAGUGCAUCCAUCAACCCUGUCCUCUACAAUCUCAUUUCAAAAAAGUACAGAGCAGCUGCCUACAAGCUCCUUCUUGCAAGACAAUGUGGAGAAAAUGGUUCUGGAACCAGGGACAUGGGAGGGGAGACUGCAGAAGAGACUGGAGCAGAAACAGCAGGCUACACUGAAACCAGUGCUAGUAUUAAAAAAAAGACACCAGGAGUGCAGUCACUAGAAAGCCCAAAGAUGACCUCUCUGCUCUCAAUAGAGACAUAGGGGACUGUAGGUGUGGAAGGUGGUGAUGUCAUCAGAUCUAGUUACUGUUGGUUGGUUUGGUUCAAAUGUUUUUCUUUGUUAGAAUGUAAGUCCCUGGAGGUCAGGAACUAUUUUCACCUUUGUAUUUGUAUCCCCAGACCAUAGCACAA